UAGGAGAUACAUGGAGCACCUGAUGCGAGCCGCGACCGUCGUAGCUCUCCUCGUCCUCAGCCUCGGCACGGCAUGCCACGGUGCGUUGCAAUACGGGUUCUAUAGCGGGAAAUGUGGUUUCAAGGAUGUGGAGGCGAUAAUCCAAGGUGUGGUCAGCGCCCGCUUCGCGAGAGACCCCACCAUCGUCGCCGCUCUCCUCCGUUUGCAGUUCCACGAUUGCUUCGUCUUGGGAUGCGACGCAUCGAUACUUUUGGACGGGCCGUCGAGCGAGAAAACGGCAUUCCCGAACUUGAGCGUGCGAGGAUACGACUUGAUCGACGAAAUCAAGGCAGCGGUCGAGGCCGCCUGCCCGGGCGUCGUCUCAUGUGCCGACAUCAUAAUCGCAGCAGUGAGAGACGCAGUAGCCUUGGCCGGGGGAAUGCCGUAUCAGGUGCCAAUGGGGAGGAGAGAUGGGACCGUUGGGCUCGCAUCAAAUGUGGUCCUUCCCUCUCCCUUUAUGUCCGUACAACAAGCUCUUCAAAUUUAUCAACAAAAGGGCUUCAAUGUGUUCGACAUGGUUCUUCAACUUGGUGCUCACACUGUUGGAGUCACACACUGUUCUUUCGUCGACGGUCGACUCUACGACUUCAACGGUUCGGGCAAACCGGACCCGAGCAUGAACACCGCGCUGCUCAACGACCUUAAACAAAUAUGUCCCCCACAGUCGUCAACCGAUAACAUCGUCGACCUCGACCAGAACCCGACGAGUGUUAACAGGGUCGACAACAGCUACUACAGGCAACUGAUGCAGAACCGCGGGGUGCUCCCGAUCGACCAAGCCCUGGCUUCGGACCCGUCGACGAGGUGGAUCGUUCAGCUCCUGGCCUCCACGAACCUGUUCCCGCCCUUGUUCAACAAUGCCCUGGUCAAGUUGGGCUCGAACCAGGUUUUGACCGGAACCCAGGGUCAGAUCAGAAAAAAUUGCCGAGCGGUUAAUUGAUAAUCGUUCCAGCGAAAUUUGGCAUUUGAAAUUAAUUUGCUCUGUUUUGCUUAUUCUUUCUGUAUUACUGGGGUCUUCGCGUUUUGAUUUGUGAAAUUUAAUUUGUGGUUUCAUGAACUUGUGGUUGAUUUCGAUCAAAUUAAUUAAUAAAUUCUGCUUAUUUCAUUGUG